AUGGAUGUGAAGACACUUUUUGGUGGUAAAGUUAUUGUAUUUGGAGGUGACUUUAGACAGACUCUUCCAGUAGUGCGAAACGGGAAAAAAGAAGAUUUUAUUCAUCAAAGCAUAUUAUACUCCAACAUUUGGAAUGAUCUUGAGAAAUUACAUCUAUCUGAAAAUAUGCGUGCAAGAACAGAUCCAUCUUUUUGUGAAUAUCUACUUAGAAUUGGAAAUGGAAAAGAAACAACUCAGUGUGAAAACAAAAUUGAGAUUCCUAAUUCUCUUAUUAUUCCUUUUACAACUGAAGAACAAUCCUUAGAUACCUUAUUUAACGUAACAUAUCCUGAUCUAUGUACAUUUUCUUCUGAUUCAUCUGCAAUAUCUUCUCGUGUUAUUUUAACAACAAAAAGUGAUUUUGUAAAUGAAAUAAAUGAUAUGCUAAUCACAAAAUUUCCAGAAAGAGCUAGAACAUAUGUCGCAACAGAUGAAACUGUUGAACCAAAUGAUCAAAGCCAAUUUGAAGACUUUUUACAUACUUUACACCCUCCUGGCUUACCUCCUUAUAAGUUAACUUUAAAAGAGAAUUGCCCAGUUAUGUUGUUACGAAAUUUGAAUCCUUCCGAAGGUUUAUGUAACGGCACACGAUUAACAUGUUGCGACCUUAAAACGCAUGUCAUAAGUGCUAAAAUUGAAAGUGGUAACUUCAAAAAUACACAUGUAUUUAUUCCAAGAAUUCCAUUACUGACAUCACAAGAUGAGAAAAUUCCUGUACAAUUUAAAAGGACACAGUUUCCUGUGCGAUUGUGUUUUGCUAUGACUAUAAAUAAAGCACAAGGUCAAACGUUAGAUUUUGUUGGAAUUUACCUACGAGAACCUGUUUUUUCACAUGGUCAAUUAUAUGUGGCUUUAUCAAGAGCAAAAAGUUCAAAAUGUGUCAAAAUACUAAUUCGUCCCCCUACUGCAGACAGUAAUGAUCAUCAUUCAACAUAUAAUAUAGUGUAUGAUGAAAUUAUUCAGAGAGCCUUCUCAUAG